AUGCCCUCUGGAAUGUAUGCAUUGCAUGCCAACAUAAAAGUCACAGAAGAGGACGAUGCCCGCAUUCGAAGUGCAACAGACCUAGCCAUCCUCCCGGUGCUCUGCUGGGUCUAUUUCUUGCAGAUCCUGGACAAGAGUGUGGUGGGGUAUAAUGCUGUGGUUGGACUGGAGGAGGAUGCGUACUCCAUCCUCGGCUCUGCGGGGUAUGUCGCACAACUCGCCCUCCAACCUCUCUCCGCCUAUCUACUGGUGCUCCUCCCCGAUCGCACGCUCCUCGCCGCUCUUGUUUUUUCAUGGGGAAUCUCGCUCACCCUUAUGGCAUUCGCGCGCUCCUUCGUGUCCCUCCUUGUCACUCGCUUCCUGCUGGGCGUGUUCGAGGCUGUAUGUCUGCCUGUGGUCACCCUGAUCGUUGGGAGGUGGUGGAGACGUGGAGAGCAGCCCAUAAGAGUGGGGGCAUUCUACUCAACCAAUAGCCUGGCGACGAUCCUUGGUUCUCUCCUCGUCUUCCUCCUCGCCCUCCUACAUGCACCUUUUUUCAAGCCGUACCAACUCAUCUUCCUCACCACGGGUUUAUUGACAGUCCUUUCCUCGCCCAUGAUCCUCAUCUCUCUCCCGUCGUCUCCCUCGAAGGCACGCUUCCUCACUCCGUCCGACCGCAUGAAAGCCGUGCGUCGACUCGCUUCAAGCCAUCAGAGCGACGGGACACAUGACUUCCAAUGGUACCAGGCUAGAGAGUGCUUAUUCGAAAUGAAGACUUGGCUGUUCUGUGCUAUGACACUGCUCCUGAACGUCGGGGCGAGCGUAACGAAUGUCUUCGGCCCACUUAUCGUCCAUGGCCUAAGCGGCGGUGAGAGCAAGAACAGCGUGUUAUGGAAUAUCCCUUUUGGAGCAGUACAAUUUGCUGUGAUUCUUUUGAGCAGCUGGGUGGCAGUUGCUUGGCGGCGAAAGGGAGCAGUACUGCUCGUGUUGGUCCUUCCCAUGAUCGCUGGAUAUGGGUUCGGUCGCGGACAAAAUAAUCAGGCUGUCCUGCUUAUAGCAUACUACCUCCUCGGGUUCCUCUUUGGUGGCAACCCGUUGCUCGUAAGCUGGAUCGCAGGGAACUACGCCGGGGAGACCAAACGGAGUGUAGCCAUGUCUCUCUAUCAAGCUUCCUCUUCUCUCGGCAAUAUCCUUGGGCCAUUCUUGUUCCGGAGCACAGACGCGCCGUAUUACUAUUCCGGUUUGCGAGCCACGCUGGUUCUAUCCAUUACUCUCUUCGGGCUGGUGUUCUUACAGAUCGUUCACUUGAACUGGCUUAACAAAAAGAAGGAAAAGAAGCGGGUUGCCAAAGGCAAGCCAGCAAUGGUGAGGGACACGAGCAUGAUGAAACGAUACGUGGAAGAGGAGGAUGCCAAUGGAAUGGACGAGCCUGAGGGCACUGAGGAUGACGAGAGAAGCAGGAUAUUAAGGAAACCCAGGAAUGAUUUGAGCGAUCCGCUCAUGGUUGUGUCAGAGGAGAAUGACGAGUUUGUCUAUAUUUUGUAG